UGACCCUACAACUGAAUCGCUCUCUUCAUAGUCAUAACGUUUCUAUAACAUUGUAAAGCUACCUUAUAAAACUAUUUUUGCAAUAAUGUUAAUGUUUUAAGUAAUAAUGGCUUACCAUUAAUGUUGUGUUAACAUAUUUGUUUUUGUUUCGUUUCGUUUAUCAAUCUCCAAUAGAAGAUACGCGUUACCCACAAGGAAAGGAGAACAAUGUCGCGUCGAAACGAGGGUCAGCUUUUUGUUGGAAGAUUGAAUAAAAGGACGACAGUUCGUGAUCUGGAAGAUGUUUUCGAGCCCUAUGGUCGUAUGACAAGAUGUGAGGUGAAAUAUGGUGCCGAGAUGGCUUAUGCCUUUGUUGAUUUCGAGGAUAAACGGGAUGCAGAAGACGCAAUUAAGUAUGAGAAUGGACGGGAUGUAGCAGGCUCUAGCAUAAUAGUGGAACUGGCAAAAGGAGCUUCCAGACGACCCAUAAUGAACAGGGGCAAAGGUGAGCCAGGCCAGGUCAAAGGUUAUGAUGAGUGUUAUCGCUGUCACCGCUCAGGACAUUGGGCCAGAGACUGUCCCGACGACCGGUAUAAUGGGGGUGGAGGUGGGGGUGGGUUCCGACGAGGUGGCAGGGGAGGUGGAGGUGGAGGCGGCGGAGGUGGUAGAUACAGGUCACCUUCUCCUCGGAGGAGACGAAGAUCCAGGAGUGGUUCCCGAGACAGGAGAAGGAGGAGAUCAAAGUCAAGGUCACGAUCCAGGAGCAGGAGUAACAGCCGGGACAGGAGGAGGAGGUCAAGGUCACAAAGUGGAGACAGAAAGCGAAGCAGCAGACGAAGGAGUCAUUCCAACAGCAGAUCUAAGUCCAGAAGUCCCUCUAGGAGCAAGAGCAGGUCUCCAGUCUCCAAAUCCAGAAGUCGCUCAAAGAGUCGAAGUCCUUGUCCAGCAAAAGUCGCAAACAGGAAUCAAUCGAAAUCUCGCUCGCGGUCAAGGUCAAGGUCAAAGAGUGCUUCAGACUGAACCUUGGAAAGUUUUAAUGGACAGAUUAAGUGUGAUGGUGCAUGGUGUAUUGACAUGUAAUCAUUAAUUAACUGAUAGGAAAUGUGGAGGUAACAGUGUUUCACCUUCAAUCAUAAACAAUUUCACCAUGUACUGGUGCUGUGAUAUGCCAGUUUUAAAACUUGAAGGUUUUAGUAAAGUCUUCACAUUCAGAUUGGAUGCACGGUCACUUCAUUUUCAUUGUGAACAAACUGUCAUUUUAAUUUUUGUCAUGUAUGUAAUAUUAAACAAGUACACAUCUACAAA